UAACCACGAUUAUCGAUAAACCAGUAAAACAAAAACACGGAUUGGUUCAGAUGUAGCAGCUGAAGUUGGUCCUGAUGCUGCAGCUUCAGAUGCUUCGGUGACGCGCUGUGACUUCAUCCGGAGGCUGGAGGAGGGACCCCACCGCUCCGGGCUGCUCUCACCGACUCUUCUAGCUCUCUCAGCCGCUCUCAGGCAGCUGAACAUCGGAGGGAUGGAGGCAGCGGGCGCGUACGGCGCCAGGAAGGCCGGAAGCGUCCCUUUUGAUCCGGUCGCCUUUUUCACACACCCUCGCACCAUCCUCAGACUGCUGUCGUGGGUUUUCUCCAUUGUGGUGUUUAGCUGCAUUGUGAACGAGGGCUACAUCAACAUCGGUAGCGAGCGUUUGCUAUGUGUCUUCAACAAAAACGCUGAUGCCUGUAAUUAUGGCAUGACGGUGGGCGUGGCCUGUUUCCUUGGCAGCAUCUGUUUCCUGAUUCUCGAUGUUUACUUCCCUUCCAUGAGUAACCUCAAUGACCGAAAACGGGCCGUGCUGCUAGACCUCAUCUUUUCUGGGGUGGCCAGCUUUCUGUGGUUUGUUGGAUUCUGUUUUCUGGCCAAUCAGUGGCAGGCCACAUCUCCAGAUGAGCUGCCAUUGGCCCAGGGCUCAGAUGCUGCCAGAGCCAUCAUCGCUUUCUGCUUCUUUUCGAUCCUCAGCUGGGCUGUGUUGACACUAAGUGCGCUCCGACGCUACAUGACCGGCAGCAAAACAAACUUAUUCACCUGGCAGCACCUUGACCCUCCUCCAAGAAACGUCAGAGCCACUCCGUACCCCAUCCCCAACGGCGGCACCAUCGUCACCACCAACCCCUACCAAGCCCCACCCUUCACCGAAACCCUGGACCCCCAGAAACUCACACAGCAGAGACCUGUGGCUCCUGCUUUUUAGAUACGGAAAGUGGGGAGGUGAUCUGAAUGAAACAACACAUUAAGCUGGAAAUGAGGACCACCAGCCCUACUGGUUUUAGCGCGUUUCCAUCCCCUCCAGGGAGAGGUGGGAUUCUGGUUCAAGUGAUGUAACAUCUAUUCUCACCAUGGCAACAGCUGGCUAAGCUUAAUUAGUUCUAAACACUUGUUCUGUACACACACAAAUAUUGAUGCUUGCGAGCGCAGAUGUAGUCACUCACCACCUGAAACCACAUGUACAGAUUCACACAGAGAAACAUCCUGGCUGCAUGUUCGUAGGAUGAAGUGCAGAAAAAGAGAAUUAGAUCAGUGAUGAUGCUUUACUUGCCUCACGAAUGAACUUAGCGGGUGGGACGUAAAAUCUUUGUCGCUCUUUAAUAAACACAAGCCAACGGCUGAAAUUAUGACCAGGAUAUUGUGAAAUUAACGAGGAAAGCAACAGAAAAUGCAGGAAAUGCUACCAUUUCUUGGCAGUACUGCUUAUUAUAGUUUCAGUGUUAGAAAUGAAUGUGUUUGAAUAUUUUAUUGUGAUCUGUUGAACUGGUUAGAAAAGGAAAUAAACUGUAGUCAUCCACACCAUGAUCCAAGCUGUGAUUCUGCCUCUGUUCACAUGGUUUUAAAAUGUUCUCUCUCUCUUAUUUUUGCUAUAUUUGAUCUUAGGAACAGUUUCAAAAGUAAUUUAAUAUUGUGAACGACAUCUGAAGAUGUGUCUGGCAUAUUAAUCAACAUCUGCUGGAAGCCCAUAAUUAGAUAGAGAUGAGCUGAAUUCAUUAGCAGUAUAGAAGGCAGCUGCUGAAUGUUGGUCGUAUUUUUAGAUUGUAGGGCACAAACGGGAUAGAAAUCAGCUUUUUCUGUCAGUCUUUGGGAUGAAAAAGAAUCAGAAUGAAGAGUCAUAUGAAAGUUAGACAGGGAGUGGUUUUAUUCCAGCUCUGUCCAAUCAUGUACAUCUUGCUGAGUAUCCUUUACUGCUAUUAUCCAGACAUUCAGAAAUGUAGAAAUGCAGCUUUCUAAUAUCACUCCUGUAUUUUUAAUAAAAUAUAACCUCUAAAAACUGUAAGCAUUGUUUCAUCACUUGCAUAAGCCCGUCUGUAGCUCCAUCCAAGUCAGCUCCCUGCUCCUGUGAAGCUCCGUCUCUUUCAACAAGGAAGAAAAAGGGGGUCAGGCUCAAAGUUCAGACAACAGGGGACCUGCUAACUCUGCAAAGCUGCAGGCACAUAUAUUACACUUAACUGUGUCUGCACUACUUCUACCCUGAGAAUACAAAGACAUACAGAAGGAGGGUGAAAGAAAAGGAGAGAAUACAAAUGGAUGGGAGCUGGGAAGAAAAAAGGAGAGGUAGACACAACUAAAGCCCAGGUCACACUACGGUACAUGGUUUUAUCUGAACUGUUCCAAAAGUGAAAUCCAUUCUACAGGCUUUCAUGAACUUGAUCCAUUUAUGGCAUUAAAUUUACAUAAAAUCAAAAAGAUAUUAAUGUUGUACAGAUCUGCAGUCAGUGAAAAGCACUGUAGCUCAAAAUGGAAGAGAUAAAUUAAGGGAAAAGACUAUACUGAAAACCAUAAGUUUAUCUAAAACAAUUUUCCUCUUAACACUUAAACAUCAACAUAUGUUCAGAGUUUAAUCCUCAGAUCUAAGAUUCAAACUUUCCUUUCACUAAAAUUCUUGAACUAUUUAAUUCCUUUAAAUUUACAUUUCAGUUGUGACAGAUGUUUUUCUUAAUUAUAACAUAAUUAUAAAAUCUGUACGUUGAGUAGUUUGAUGUUGAUUAAAACUAUCAAGUGCUUUGCAAAGGUAUUUAUAUCGCUUAAACCCCUACACAUGUUUCUGAAUCUUCAAAACCAAAAACUUUAAUAUAAUUUAAUUUUGAAUUUAUUGUGACAGAGUCAGAGAUAACAGUGACAUAAAAAUUACCUGACAAAUAAAUCUAUUAAUCCAAACCUGAAAGGUGUGCCAUGUAUUUUUAUUCUUUUAUUUUACUUUGAUACCCCUAAAUAAAUUCAAGUGCAAGAACAAUUGAAUAACAUUAAAGGACAAACAUUUUCCUUAAAGGUAUUGUGGAAGAUUUUCACUUUUUAUUUUUUUUAAAGACCCAGUCCGCCUGCAUUUAAUAAAAUGCACAUGCAAAACUCUGUACCCGCUCCCAAGAGGGAACACCUAUUAAAUGUGUGCAAGACCAUACACAAGCCCUUUUCUCCUCGUGCAGGCUCUGUUUAAAAGUUGCUGUUCUUAUCAUUUAUACGAACUUACUGUGUCCGAACGUCCGCCCUAACCCCUAAACCCCUCAAUCACUAUAUAGAGCGGGGACUAUAUAGUGCACUUUAAAGUGAACUCCGUUAACUUACCGUUCAGACAGAUGAUCACUGCUUUUUGCUCCCCGUUAGUCACGUAACUCCUCAAAUGGUGUUAAACAAAACCAAAGGAAGUCCUAUGUUUGCAGUUAG